AUGGGUAUCUGGGACGCCUUUUCGGACAUUGUCGAGGCCGUGACGCCAUGGAGCGUCGUGGAGGCCGAGGCUCCUGCUGAGGACAAGGAGGAGCAGCCCGAGGCCGAGUCCAAGGACGACGACGACGAGGAUGACGAGGAGGAGGAGGAUGACGAUGACGACGAGAUUGUCGACCCCAAGGAUGUGCUCGAGGAAGAGUGCCGAAACUCUGCUCAGUGCCACGGUGCCAAGCACCACUUCGACGAGUGUGUCGAGCGUGUCCAGCAGCAGGAGAGUGAGGACGGUGCCAAGGAGGACUGCGUUGAGGAGUUCUUCCACCUCGCUCACUGCGCUACUGCCUGCGCUGCCCCUAAGCUGUGGGCUAAGCUCAAGUAA